AGCACAAAUAACUCCCAUUCGCAAUCAGUCAGCCCAACACCUACGACAUGAACUCGGCUACAAUAAUAAUUGCCAUUAUCCUGCUCCUGCCAGCCAGCCAGCAAAGCUCGGAGGGUUUGGAACGCAAGGUGCUGUCGUACAAUCCCACCUAUGAAUUUUGGUUUUUCAUGCCAACUGGCAGGCCCGACCAUGUUUCUAAGAACGUCGAGGAUGCUUACUGGGCUGCCAGGACAAAAGGAGGAGUUUGCUAUACAAACGUUUGGUUCUACUGCAAAACUGGCAUCAAAAUAGAGGAGUAAAUUGCUUAAGAGGAGAAAAAAUACCAUGACAAUGGGGAUUUCUCACACUCAACGGACCUUGAAAAAGAAAAAUUAAUUAAUCAUCUGUGUAAAGUAUACUUUAGUAUACCUUAAAGUAACAGCAAUCUUUAUCAGGCACGUAAAGUCUUAAGUUGUAAAAAUAUACGUCACAUGUGUUAUCUUGAUUACCUAGAGAGGUAUACCUAAUGCGUCAGAAAAUAACAA